AUGAAAAUAGAGAUGUUGAACGUAUGUUUGUCUCGAUCAUUAUCGUCAACAUAUAUGUGGUUAUGUCUUGUUCUUGCAACAUCUGAAGCUUUCACUCUCAUAAUGACAACAAAAGAAAUAUUAGAUAAACAAAUAAAUUAUAAUAUAAAUGAACUUGAGAAAAUGAAGAGGGAAGAAUUGGUUGAAAUAGUGAAAGCAUACUCAUUAAAACAUAGUCAUAUUAGAAAAGAUAUGCUUAUCAAUGCUAUCAUUCAGUAUCAACAACAAAUUAUUGAUUUGAAAUCAAAAUUAAUUGCAAACAACCCGAUCCAACAAUAUUUUCGUGGAACAGUUGGAUAUAGAUUACCAACUUUGAUAAUCUAUCAAAUAAUUCAAGAUAUCUGGAAUGAUGAUAUCAUUUUCAAUACGAAUACAGAUCAACUUUUUUCUAACUACCGAUGGUUAUUUUCUAUUGCAUUGGUUUGCAAAGAGUUGUUCCAACUGAUUUCAACGUUAUUCACUCGCUUUCAAAUUGAAAGUUUUCAAAUAUUUGGUGAUCAUAGCAAUCCAGAUACAGUAGGAGUGGAGAUAAAAAAUCAUUAUUUAAAUCAACAUUCCAUACUCAAGAUUAUCAGUCAUCUAACAAUGUCUUUAGAUAUCUUAAAGGAAAUUGCAAGCAAGUCAACGAAAGCUGAAUUGGUAUUAAUCUUCAACCAUGUCUACAAACUAAAAUUAAUCGUCAUGAAGAACAAACCUAUGUUAAUACAACAAACCAAAUCAAUGAUUCAAUUGAUGCCAAAUCUUGAAUCAGUACAAAUCUGUGGUGCAACAAUUAACAACAUCAAUAGACCCACUGGCUACAUACAUAUCAAAUCGAAACAUCGAUUCAGCCCUGGUCCAUUACAUGGAACCUACCGAGCUGACCCCGUUGCAAACUACGCCAAGAAGAUCUAUAAUGUAUCGGUGCACACAUAUGGCAAUCAAAUUUCAGAGAAUAGAGAUGACAAUCGAGCAAUCGAAAAAACCUAUCCAAAUUUAAAGUUUUUAUAUUAUCGUCGUAGAUGGAAUAAAUAA